CAGAGGGCUCGGGGGUCCGCAGCGUGUCUGCCCGGGAUGUCCCAGGCAGCUGAGGGCGAGCAGCCCCUGGAGACGACGGGCGCCGCUGAGAGCCGGCACGAGGCCGCCCCUGAAGGCGAGUCGCCGGCGGAGACCGCGGGGCCCUCGACUAGGAGCCAGACCGGCGACGAGGCUGACCUGGUGAACCGCAGUGGGAACGAGGAGGACGCGGGAAAAUGGUUCGUUGGUGGCCUGAGCUGGGAUAUCAGCAAAAAGGACCCCAAAGACUAUUUUACCAAACUUAGAGAGGUCGUUGACCGUACCAUAAAAAUGGAUCCCAACAUUGGAAGAUCAAGAGGUUUGGGGUUUAUCCUCUUUAAAGAUGUGGCCAGUGUGGAGAAGAUCCUAGACCAGAAGGAGCGCAAGGUAGGUGGCCAUAGCAUGAACCUCAAAAAGGCCGUAACCAUGAAGAAGGAUCCUAUGAAGAAAAUCUUUCUGGGGGGUCUGAACCCUGGAGCCACUGAAGAGAAGAUAAGGGAGUACUUUGGCAAGUUUGGGGAGAUUGAGGCCAUCGAGUUUUCACUGGAUCUAGAGUCUAACAAAAGACAAGGUUCUGUUUUCAUCACCUUUAAAGAAGAGGAACCUGUGAGAAGCAUUCUGGAGAAGUUCCACACCAUCAGUGGUAGCAAGAGGUCAGAUAAUGAAAAUGAGAACGAUUAUAAUACCAAUGCAAGCAAGAUCCCGUCACCGAAAAAGAAGGCUAAACGACUGUGUUAUUUUAAUGACAGAUGGAAGGACACAUACAACUGGAUUAGGGAGGUAAAUAACCCAAACCGAGCCCUCUGCAUGAUACGCAGAAAAGAAUUUGGGAUUGGGCACGGCAGAGAAGGGGAUGUGAAAGCACAUAUGGAGACUGAAUCUCACAAGUCCAGGAUGAGACAGUCAGGGGCCUCUAAACCGAUCAAAAGCGGUUUCAUUUCCCGAAAAGACACCAAUGUCCAGGCAAAAGUAGCAGCCGCUGAAUUAACGUGGGCAUACCACGCGAACAGACAUGCGCUAUCUUACCGCUCCCUUGACUGCUCUAUGAAACUGAGCAAGGUGACAUUUUCUGAUUCAGAGGUCGCAACUAAAAUCUCCUGUGGGCGAACGAAAGGAGAAAUUUUGAUAACCGAUGUGCUGGCCCCUUACAGUGUCGAGCUGGUUUUGUCAUUUCUCACCAACGGUCAUGUUUUCUACAGUCUGUCAACCACAGGCGAUGCGCCGAAUCACGGCCACAAAAAAAUUUUCCCUCUAGCUCUCAGGUACUUUGACUUGAAAAAUGGAGUUUCAGAUCGUCUCCUUGAUUUCUAUGAAGAUUGUAAUGAAACUCCUGAAAUACUAAAACAAAAGAUUGUUGAUAUUUUGUCCAAAUACAAACUAGAUUUAGCUCACCUCUCUGCAUGUUCUUCAGACUGUGCCAAUGUAAAUUUCAGCAAAUUCCAUUCCGUCUAUAAACUUCUUAACGAAGAAAAUGGAAAGAUCGUACCUCUUCAGUGUCCUGCACGUCUUGUGUACAACACUGCCAAAAAGGGCUGUGAUUUGCUUAAAUGUGACAUUGAGACUUUCAUAAUGAAAGUUUUGGGUCACUUUUCAGUUUCCUCAAAAUGUGCAGAACCACUCAAUGAGAUUUUUGACUUUAUAGAAGUGGGAGGAGAUGACGUCUUUAGACAUGUGCCUACAAGAUGGACGUCCUUGCUGCCAGCCAUAGAAAAGAUGCUAAAAUGUUGGCCAGCCAUAAAAUCGUAUUUUCAAAGCGUGGGACCAGAAGAAUGUCCUUUGAUUUGGAAAUAUAUUGAGGAUGAGAGUGGAGAGAAGGAUUGCAGUGAAACAGAAAUUUAUAUGCUGUUUCUCCGAAACUGUCUGAUGAUCUUUGAAGAGGCCGCCAAGAGCCUAGAAAAGGAUGAACUCACUGCGCCUGAGCUGUUUGAUAUUAUGUAUAGGUUGAGACAAAAACUCAUACAGCGGAAAAAUGAUUCAUUUUUUGGGAAUAAGACUGCUUCAGAACUAAAAAAAAUGUCACCGGAAAAGGGCAGCCAAGUGAAAGAGGACUUCCUUAAUUUCUUUUCUAAAACUGUAACUUAUUUGGAAGCCAACUUCGAUUUCACCAGUGCCAAUUACCUCUGGGCUUUAAAACCAUUUUCCCUGUGAAGGAGAUGUUUAAUUUAUGACAUCCGGUGUGCUUCAGAGUGUUUAAAAAUGACGGAUAUUUUAGACAUGGAUAGCCUCUAUGAUGAAUUUAUAGAUGCAAAAGACCUGAUUGACAAACAGCUGGUCUAUCCCAACAAGCCCGUGGAUUCAAAGUGGGUGGACAUUUUUGCAGAAAUGGAAACUAAUUCCUACAAAUUUAAAAACUUGCUGUUACUAGUCAGUAAAAUCCUAAGUAUUCCAUGCUCCAACGCCUUUGUCGAGAGGAUACUGAGCUUCACGUCAUCACACUGGACUGACACUAGGAAUCAGUGUAACGUAGGCUUGAGGAGAGCAGAACUACAAGUCAGAGUGAAUUUCCCGUUCGACUGUGUUCAGUUUUACCAUUACAUAAAGGAAAAGAAGGAGGUCCUAAAAGCUGCAAGCAGCUCAGAAAAGUACUAUUGGAAAAGGAUGCAGAAAGAAUAAAAAUAUUCUACCGUAUCACGGGACAGAAAGAAAUGUGUCAUUUUUUAUUAAAUAUAGGAAAUAUCUGUUAGUCCUAUUAUAUUCGUAUUCCCCUUUAGAGUCUUACAUUAUGUAUCUUAUUUUGAUUGCUAUAUUUGUAUUCAAAAUAUCCAAGCAUGUUAGCACAGCAGUAUGUGUCUAAUUUAGAAAUAAACUAUACAUAUAUGGGGAUGCUUGUUCAAAAUUUUUUUCACUGAUGAGCAGAGGCCUACGUGAUAAGUAGCCUUGUGGGAUCUGAAAGAAGAGAAGAAUCAAGGACCUGAAGCAGGCUUUUUUUGUUUGUUUAAAAAUCAGUAAGACUCAGGGGCCAGAGUGGUGGCGUACUGGUUGAGUUCACAUGCUCUGCUUCAGUGGCCCAGGCUUUGUGUGUUCAGAUCCCAGGUACAGACCUACACACUGCUCAUCAAGCCAUGCUGUGGUGGCAUCCCACAUGCAAAAUAG